AUGGAAUGCAACAAAGACGAUGCUGUCAAGGCAGUCGAUCUCGCAGAGAAGAAGUUCAUGCUCCACGACUUGGCGGCAGCGAGAGAUUUUUGUGUCAAGGCCUUGCAACUCGACCCGGGCCUAGAGCGUGGCAAGCAGAUGCUAGCGGUGGUGGAAGUCCACGCUGCCGCCGCCGUUCGUCACCAUUCUCUAAUAAUCUUGCCUAGCGAUCUGUUCGGGAUUGGUGAUCACGACUGGUACGCGAUCUUGCGAGUGGAUCCCCGCGCGGACGAUGCUAGCAUCCGGACGCAGUACCGGAAGAUGGCACGUUUGCUCCACCCGGACAAGACCAGGAUGAAUGGAGCGGAGGAGGCUAUCAAGCUCGUCAACGAGGCCAAGACGGUUCUCUCGGACAAGAACAAGAAGAUGAUCUAUGACAGCAUCAGGAGCUCACUCCCUUCUACUUCUAACGAUGUGAGUGCUCCUCCUCCUCGGACACCGCCACCACCGCAGCCACCUCCUUAUGGCACUCCAACUUUUGUGGCGCAGUGCCCAUUCUGCAUGGCGCAGUGGUGGUACUAUAAGACGUUUGAAAACUAUGUGCUGCUUUGUGCUUGCUGCCUACGGAAUUUUAUCGUGGUAAACUUUCACCACCUUGCAUGGGGUUAUCCAGGGAGCGAUUCAUGGUACCAGAGGCAAGAGGAAGAGGCUACUAUGAAGAGGAGGGAGAUGGAGUGGGCAGAAACCAUGAGGAUGGAGAGAGAGAGGGAGGAGGAAAGGAAGAGAGAAGCCAGGAUUAAAGAGGCGGAGGAUAGUCGGGCAGAAUUCCUGAGGAUGAAGGAGAGGGAGGAGGAAAGAAGGAGAGAAGCCAGGAUUAGACAAGAGAAGGAGGAUGAAAGGAGGAGAGAAGCAAGGAUUAAGGAGGAACGGAGGAGAGAAGCCAGGAUAAAUCAAGAUCAGGAGGAGGAAAGGAAGAGAGAAGCAAGGAUCAAGCAUGACCAGGAGGAAAGGAGGAGAGAAGCCAGGAUUAAGGAGAGAGAGACCAGGAAGCAAUCAGAGAUGGAUCAGAGGAGCAAGCAGGGAGGGGCCAAGUCUACAAAUGGAAAUGCAGGGUUGGUGGCGGUGAUCGUGGUGCUGCUAGUUCUAGGCAAGGGAUUCAUCUUGCCCGCAGCACUACUGCUAGCGCUCAUUCUGAGGAAUCGAUUCAUAAACAGUUUCCCUGCUGAAAAUCCAAUGUGCUACUGGGUGCUGGGAGAUUCACUUAGACUUCCUCCAUGGAGCUCACCUGAUACUAAGAGUGGGUGA